AAAGUUAGUUAGAAUAGUGAGAGGGCUGUGAUUUCCAAAACGCCGCACAGUCAUCGCCAAUGUCUGCACUAGAAGAUCCUUAAACUUUUGGGAAACUCAUACGGACACCGUUUGAAGACUUCAGAGACUUUAAAAUUAGUUUCAAGGAUAAAGUUUAGUAGAUAUGCGCGUUUCUAGAUUUAUUGCGGUGUUCUCGGGAAGCAGAAAAAUACAUCUUUGCAUACUUUUCCCCCAAGGCUUGGAUAAUUAAUACAGUGGACGAACAGGGGUUGGCCUGUUUGGAUUAACCUUUGACAUUUUAUGGCUUUUUGACUUUCCUGUGUGCACUUUUUCGGUCGGAAGGACAGAAGAGCAGUUUUCCCACAGAUUACACUAUAUUUUAUCUGGAGUCAUGGAUCAGAGCCAGCACAACCCUCCUGCCGGCCAUCAGAUCGUCCAUGUUCGGGGAGACUCCGAGACCGAUCUGGAGGCUCUUUUUAACGCUGUGAUGAACCCGAAAAACGCCAUCGUUCCCCCUUCCGUGCCGAUGAGGAUGAGAAAGCUGCCAGACUCCUUCUUCAAGCCGCCAGAGCCAAAGUCUCACUCCAGACAAGCCAGCACGGAUGCAGGUACUGCUGGUACCCUCACACCCCAGCACGUGAGGGCACACUCCUCUCCUGCCUCCUUGCAGCUGGGUGCAGUUUCCCCGGGCGCCCUGAACAACAUGGGUCAAGCAAACCCCCCACCUCAGCACCUCCGCCAGUCCUCUUUUGAGAUACCUGAUGAUGUGCCGCUACCCCCAGGCUGGGAGAUGGCCAAGACCCCCUCAGGCCAGAGAUACUUCUUAAACCAUCAUGACCAGACGACUACCUGGCAAGACCCUCGUAAGGCCCUCCUUCAGAUGAACCAAGCCGCUCCGGCCAGUCCAGUGCCUGUGCAACAACAGAACAUCAUGAAUCCUGCCUCAGGUCCUCUUCCUGAAGGCUGGGAGCAAGCUAUUACCUCAGAAGGAGAGAUCUACUACAUCAAUCACAAAAACAAAACCACCUCUUGGCUGGACCCACGACUCGACCCACGUUAUGCUAUGAACCAGCAGCGAAUUUCCCAGAGUGCUCCAGUGAAGCAAGGCUCCCAGUUGCCCUCCAGCCCCCAGAGUGGAGUGAUAGGAGGAAACAACCAGAUCAGACUGCAGCAGAUCCAGAUGGAGAAAGAGAGACUGAGACUCAAACAAGAGCUCCUUCGCCAGAGACCCCAGGAGCUCGCCCUGAGAAACCAGCUGCCAACCAGCAUGGAGCAGGAUGGUGGUACUCAGAACCCUGUGUCCUCGCCCGGCAUGGGCCAAGACGCCCGCAACAUGACCACCAACAGCUCUGACCCUUUCUUAAACAGUGGGACGUAUCACUCCAGAGACGAGAGCACAGACAGUGGCCUGAGCAUGAGCAGUUACAGCGUCCCCCGCACUCCUGAUGACUUCCUCAACAGUGUAGAUGAGAUGGAGACAGGCGAUACCCUCGUCCCUGGCUCCAUGGCAACACAGCCCAGCCGUUUCCCGGACUACCUAGACGCUAUCCCAGGCACGGACGUGGACCUGGGCACCCUGGAGGGCGAGAGCAUGGCAGUUGAGGGUGAGGAGCUGAUGCCAAGCCUCCAGGAAGCCCUGAGCUCUGAAAUCCUCAAUGACAUGGAGUCUGUGCUGGCGGCUACCAAGAUUGACAAGGAGAACUUUCUAACCUGGCUAUAGAGCACCUGCAUCCAGCACUACGCCUUCUCUUCCAACAUGAUGAAGUGCUGCCUAGUACAAUCUGUGAAGGAUGUGUAGAUGCUUUGAGUUGAAAAGAAAAGACAUUUCACCUUACUGGACAGCUUUCUUUUUUCUUUCUCAUCUUCCGUUCAGUACGUUUGGCCGGAUUGGUUUUAAAAGCAGAGGUAUUUUUAAACUUUGGUCCUAUUUUUCGUAUUACUCUUCAUGUCUGCAUCCUCAAGGCUGGCCCAUGAACAGACAAGUAUUCACAAGUACCCAAAUCUCUUUCAUGGCUGUGCAUUAUGUGACAGCCUAUCAAUGUGUGCGAGUGCAUGUUUCUGUGAGAUGGAUGUGAAUUUGUGUGCGUUUCCCCUCAUGAACUCCUCACUGUGGAAACAGAGCUGAGAGGGCUCAGGUGUUCUCCAGACGAACCCCCUAAAUCAGCCUAACACAACCUUCUAUGACGUUUCAUGACAUCCCUAAUCUCGGCUCGUAUAGAAACUACUAUUCUUUUUCCUCAUAUACACUAAUGAGCCUGAGAAACCAAAAAGCAUUGUACCUGAGGAGGUCGUCUGCAUGUGUUUUCCGAUGAGAUUUGCGUACUAUAAUUGAAAGGUUAAAAUCUAAGGGUUUCAACGUGAUAAAACAAAUGGUUAAACGAAAAUUCUGCUGCUUGGCUGUGCCAGCAUAUCAUGCUAGAAAUGUCUAAUUAAGUGCCUUUCGGUUUUGUUUCUUGGACAAAAAGAAAUCGCGUUCCUGUCAUUUUACACUAGAUAUCAUAGAUCAUGUUUGUCAACAUUUUCUUUUACUUGUUUCAUUAAUCAAAGUAUAUUUCUUUCAAAGGUUUUAUAAAAAAAAAAAAAGCAAUGUUAUGUCGGGAAUUGGGGUUUUGUUGUUUUAAGAACCCUAGCCUCUUUGUGUGUCAGUUUUUAUUUAAGCCUGAUUUUUGUUUCUUGAGGGUUGUGGCAUUCAUAUGUGAUCUGAAGAAAUCAAAUCCAAUUUUUAUCUCGUUUUAACUGAUUUAUACAGGACAACUAUUCUAACAGAGCUGCCUUUCAGUAACAUGAAAACAUUUAUGUAAAUACUGAUUGAAGUCAUUAUUUCUGUUUUACCAUAAUCAGAGAUUAUAGUAAGGUGGAAGUCUGUUUAUGAUACCGAUCUCUAUUUUUAUCUUGGAUUUUAGUAUGUUCUUGCGUACUGUAUUUAGUUAAAAAUCUCUUAAUAUUCAGCCAAAAGCGAGGAACAAAAUAUCAAAGACACUUUGAUCAACUAUUAAAAAAGAAAAGCCUGUCUUUUUAAACAAACAUCGCUAAAUGAGCUCCAGUAGAGGUUUGCGCCAGUUACGUUGAUGCUGUUUGGUGCUAAGACAAAGAUCGGGCAGAAAGUAGAAGGUUCUGAUAAGUUUUCGAUGGUUUGAUGAGCACGUCCUGAGGGUUCUUGGUGUAAAGUAGCUGUUAGCUUGAACUUGAUUUGGUAACUGUGGAUAUGAACGAUAGAGUAGACUUUCAAGGAAACAAUCAGUUAUUAUUUCUGUCAGGAUUUCUUUCAACAAGGCUUCUAAAGAUGACCUCUUUCAAAUUUAAAGGGCAACAAAAAGUAAUUUAUCAUACUUUCUGUGUAUGUACACAUAGGGCAUAAGCUAAUGAGAAAAGGUCUAAUUGAUUUGUCAGGGGAUUGUUAUUGAAGCACGAUUUGAUAGGCCUUAUGCUGCUUCAGAACUAAAGACAAAGCAGGUUACCUAGAACGGCCUUUUGUUACAUGGUUUACAUUAUUUCACAGUAGUAGAACACUACAGGAACUUCAAAUUACAAACUUCCUGCAGAUGCUUUGCAUUCAGUCAUACAAAACAAAUAUUUCCUCAUGUUUACAAUAAGCGUACCUUGACACUACAAAAUGUUCACUCAAUGACUGUCCCAUACUCUAAAUAUCUUCUGUUUUUGUUUUUUGUUUUGUUUUUUUGACACUUUUUAAAAGCUUUUAUGAGUGUAAUAUUCUGAGGUCUACUGGCAUGAAUUCACAGCUAAGGUAUAUAGUUUUAUGAUCAAAAAUGACAAGCUAGGCCAUAGUUAUCAAAAUUAGAGAUUCUAGAGAAAAUAAAAGUGGUAAAAAAAAGACAAGCUAAGAGAAAUAUCUAUUUUUGCAAACAUAGUAUUGAUGGCAGACUCUAGAGGGGUAAAACGGUGUUGGAGAGAGCAAUGCAACAAUUAUUUUUUUUGAAUGAAUUGUGGGUACAGUGCUGGUAUUACACGUUUAUAGAACAUUAAUUCAAAUGUAAAUGUCACUUAAACAUGAUUUUAUGCUUGCUUAGUGUGCAUACUGUUCAGAAUAUAUAGUAACUGUUUUUUUUAUUUUAUUUUUUUGUAGUGGUAGUACUAAUCACACAUGGCAAUGGAUUGGUAUUUAGAUUCUUUUAAAUGCACCCAGAAUGAAUUUAUAUCCAUUUAUGAUCUCUUUCUCUCUUUUUUUUUUUUUUUUUUUUUUUUUAAGUCAAUGUAUGUGCAUGUACCUUAGAACCUUAAGUUCUGUUACAUUGUAUAUCUUUACAUAUUACUUUAAAAUUGGCCUGGAAUAAAGUAUAUACUUUGGUAGAUACUGUC